AGUUGGAGGCUUCACCUCACCACCCAGGUGCUCCUAAAGUGAAUUAUUUUAGAGAUGUAUUUGAAACAGUUCAGAGAUGUGUAUGGAACAGCUGCCUGGAAACGUUCCUCUGGCAGGUGGCUCUAAGGAGGUGGUGGGGGGGGGGGCUGAAGUUUAUCUAGUGGCAGUCCCAAGUGAGUGGGUGAGAUUCUGCGGGGUGGGUAAAAGAAUAAGUAACCAGCCAGGAUCCCCCAGGCCCACAGCGCCGGGCGAGGUGUAAGCAAGGUUGCCAGUAGCGGGUUCACGGCGGCAGGGGGCGCACUUGGAUGCGGGGACGUGAGACAGGAAGCUGCUGAGGCUCCCAGAGUCCUGGAAGAAGCCAGUUCCCAGAGCGUGCCAGGGAGACCUAGCUGAAUCUGGGGUAGACCGAGGGUCUAGUAAGAUCGGGCUAGCCACUCUGAUCGGGGAUACGCAGCUGGGCUGCCGAACCUCCCCAGUGCCCGGGCUCUAUCCCGCUGCCAAGCCGUCCUGGGAGCAGGUCCAGCUCUCUGAUCACAUUCGGUACCGAGCCCUCCCGACUCCACGCGCUUUCCCGGAGACACUGCCCGCCGCGUCACCAAGCAGAGAGGGCCCCUGAAGUUGACGUCCAGGAAUGGGACGUAAGUGGGUGGAGGUGUUGCAAGACAAUGGAGAUUUGAUGGUCAACUUUGAGUAAGGAUCCACAAGGGAACCAAGGACAGCAGGAGGCGGGGGGGGGCGGUCUUGAUGGGAGCAGACCGUCCUAGGGUACAGACAAGUCCCAAACUCCCACCUACGGAUCCCCCAAGGCCAUCUUCCAGGGACCGGGCAAAUGGCACCCAGGAAAGAGGGUCCGUGAAAUCAGCAGAGCAGGGAAGAGGCACACCACGCCUGGGCAGGGGUCCGGGGAUCCAGGAUGAGCAGACAGCGCCUGGAUGGAGGACACUGGGGACAGGCGAACGAGGAAUCAGAACACAAAGCCCGAGGCAGCCGGGGAUGGCAGCGUUGUGCGGGAGAAGCAGCGGAGGCGGCGGGAGCGGAACGACCCACACGGAGCCAGAGCAUCGGGACAUGAUGCCCAGGUCAGAGGGGAAGCUGGGGACUCCACAAGCGGGCCGGAGAAGAAUGGAGUGCAGAAGCCCCAGCUGGGUGUGAGAAGGAGACAGGCACGCAGUCCGGGGGUUACUGGAUCAUCGACCGGGGGAGCCUGACCCAGGUAGGGCUUCAGAGUGAGGUUCUGAAAGUCGUUGGGGCAAUGCCCCCAGGGAUUCCCAGCCCGGCUGUGACUCCAGUUAAAAGCAGCAGAGGAGAGGCACGACCCGCCGCUGCCCCGGGCCCCCCCAGCUCUCUUGUUUGUCUCGGAGUCCGGCAGGAACCGGCUUCUGCUCGCCGCCGGGCGGGCGGGUGGCUUCUGAUUGGUCAGUGCUUGUUUCCAGCCCCGAUUCAGCCAAUCAGCGUGCGGCAGUGUUUUCAUCUUGGGUUGGAAUAAAAGCGCUGGAAUAAAAGGAGACAGAAAAGGCGCCGGCCGGGCCCGACACACGCUGCUGGGAGCCUGGUGAGCUGGAUUUUGGUAUCUAGGUCCUGGGCAUAGGUGCUAGGAGGACAGAAAGCGCUCGAAUAGGGGUGCAGGGAGACAACAUGUGACCGAUGAGGAGCCGCCAGGGAAGAGAUGACGAAAAGAAGAGGCAGCUAGGAGAUGGCGAGACGGGGGUCCGCUUCCAUGGGAACAGUCUUAAUGCCGAGGAAACACCCCUGGUUGGGGGGCGCGCAGGUGGCUCGCGCCGCCGGUUUGAACCGGCUUCGCCUUUCCCAUGCGGGGUUCGCGUGGCCGCAGCGCCUAGCGACCUAGACAGCGGCCAAUGGCGCCGCAGUUUCUAGCCGUCAGGCCAAUGAGCGGGUCGGGGGCGGGCCGUUCCGGACGCCGUUCGCUGAUCUUGUGGUUGAAGGAACGAGCUCUGAGGAAGGGUCUCCAGUGCGGGCGGGAGGGCUCCUGUCAGGGUCCCAGGGAGUGGCAGCCCCCCAGGUAUGGCCCUGCCCAGGUAUCCGGACGUAAGGUGCCUCUCCUGCCGGUCCCCAAGCUGUGUCAGAUCUGCGGAAAGCCCGAUUAAUUCCACGCCCCUGAGCAUGUCUUAGUCUCUCCUUGUUUCCCUGCCUCAGGUUACCUCGGAACUCGCCGAGGGAGAGGUCUCCCCGCCGGGCGGGGGCCGCUGUCCCGGAGCUGAGGGCGGACGCACGAGCCAGCCGCAGACUGGCUGGCCCAGGACCCAGGCCGGGCUGAGGCUUCCUUCGCCGCGCGCCCCUACCGCCUGGGCCGCGGAGCGGUGACAAGCCCCGCGCGCUGCGGCAGCGGCCCGUGUUGGCCGCAUAGGCUGGGCAGCGCCCGGCGCUGACGCCGAGGUCUGUGUGCAGGUGGCCGCCGAACCGGAGCCGAAGCCGGAGCCGGGCCUCCGCGCCGCGCCAUGGCGCCCACCCUAGCCACAGCCCAUCGGCGCCGCUGGUGGAUGGCCUGCACAGCCGUGCUGGAAAACCUCCUCUUCUCGGCAGUCCUCCUGGGCUGGGGCUCGCUGCUCAUCAUGCUCAAGUCGGAGGGCUUUUACUCGUACCUGUGUACUGAGCCAGAUACUGUCACCAACGGCACAGUGGGGGGCACAGCAGAGCCGGAGCAGGAAUCUGAGGAUAUCAGCUGGAUGAAUGGCUGGCUUAGCUGCCAGGCCCAGGAUGAGAUGCUCAACUUGGCGUUCACCGUAGGCUCCUUCCUGCUCAGUGCCAUCACCCUGCCUCUAGGCAUCGUCAUGGACAAAUAUGGCCCAAGGAAGCUCAGGCUGCUGGGCAGUGCCUGCUUUGCUGUCUCCUGCUUGCUGAUUGCCUAUGGAGCAAGUAACCCGAACUCCCUCUCCGUGCUCAUCUUCGUUUCCCUGGCUCUGAAUGGCUUUGGUGGGAUGUGCAUGACUUUCACUUCAUUAACACUACCCAACAUGUUUGGCGACCUUCGGUCCACGUUUAUUGCCUUGAUGAUUGGAUCCUAUGCCUCAUCCGCAGUCACCUUCCCUGGGAUCAAGGUCAUCUAUGACUUCGGUGUCUCCUUCAUCAUCAUCCUUGUGGUCUGGGCAAGCUGCUCGGGAUUGGUUUUCCUCAACUGCUUCUUUAACUGGCCCCUGGAGCCCUUCCCAGGGCCGGAGGACAUGGACUAUUCGGUGAAGAUCAAGUUCAGCUGGCUGGGCUUUGACCACAAGAUCACAGGGAAGCAGUUCUAUAAGCAGGUGACCACGGUGGGGCGCCGUCUCAGCGUGGGCAGCUCCAUGAGGAACAGCAAGGAGCAGGCAGCACUGCAGGAGGGCCAUAAGCUGUGCCUGUCCACCAUCGACCUAGAGGUCAAGUGCAAGCCGGACGCUGCAGCGGCGCCCUCCUUCAUGCACAGUGUGUUCAGCCCCAUCCUGCUGCUCAGCCUCCUCACCAUGUGCAUCACGCAGCUGCGGCUCAUCUUCUACAUGGGCGCCAUGAACAACAUCCUCAAGUUCCUGGUCAGCGGCGACCAGGACGUAGUGAUGGCCACUGUUGGCCUCUACACGUCCAUCUUCGGUGUCCUCCAGCUGCUCUGCCUGCUGACAGCCCCUGUCAUUGGCUACAUCAUGGACUGGAGGCUGAAGGAGUGUGAAGACGCCUCAGAGGAGCCUGAGGAGAAAGAUGCCAACCAAGGCGAGACGAAGAAGAAACGAGACCGGCAGAUCCAAAAAGUCACCAACGCCAUGCGGGCCUUCGCCUUCACAAACCUGCUGCUCGUGGGCUUUGGGGUGACCUGCCUCAUUCCCAACCUGCCUCUACAGAUCCUCUCCUUUAUCUUACACACGAUUGUGCGAGGAUUCAUCCACUCUGCUGUUGGGGGCCUGUAUGCUGCCGUGUACCCCUCCACCCAGUUCGGCAGCCUCACGGGACUGCAGUCGCUGGUCAGUGCACUCUUCGCCCUCCUGCAGCAGCCCCUGUUUCUGGCCAUGAUGGGUCCCCUCCAAGGAGACCCUCUCUGGGUGAAUGUGGGGCUGCUUGUCCUGAGCAUGCUGGGGUUCUGCCUCCCCCUCUACCUCAUCUGCUACCGGCGCCAGCUGGAGAGGCAGCUACAGCAGAAGAGGGAGGAUGACAAGCUUUUCCUCAAGCUGAAUGGCUCCUCCAAUCGGGAGGCUUUCGUGUAGCGCCCACCACCUCAGAACUAUGGUCUCCUGCCCUUGCUUCAGUGACUCAUCAGUGUCCUCCUCCCCAUCCCAGAGGACCUCCGUGCACCCUCGGGAUCCUUGCCUUCACAUUUUGGAGUCCACGCUCCCUCCCAGGGCCCCAGUCCUGCCUUGGAGCUCUGCAGCGGAAGGACGGGAGAGGGCCUGGAUGUGCGAUUUUCCUAGUGCCGGAAGCAAGGGCUGCUGUGGGCUUUGCUCUGCCAUCCUAGAGGGGCCCUUGGGCUUUGAGGCUCAGUGGGGCCUGCAGGGGGAGCAAGAAGGAGCCCUAGCAGACAGGCUCUGUCCCUCAUGUGUCUGGAUUCUGCCUCUUGCCAAAGCAGUGGGGUCUGCCAUCUACUGCCUGCCACCUGCCUCUCGGCCGCAUGCCCACUGGCCACACCUGCCCAAGGACAAAGGCUCUCACCGUCUGCAACCCCUCGCCUGCCCCUCGACCUCCUCCCUUGGCCAGUCGGAGGCUGCCUGAGGAAGGAAGGACCCGCUUCCUGUUGUUGGUGCUAACUCCUUUGUAAUUCCAGCCCCCUGUGGCCUGUCCAUGACCUGUCCUCCUGUUCUAGGCCUGUGGAGAAGCUCCUCCCGCCGGCUGAAAGCCUGGGGAGGGGAUGGAGGGCUGGAUAGUCAGGCAUCGCUUAGGAGCCAAGGACAAGGCUAAUGAGCAGACCCUCACCUCCUCCCUCAGGGCGAGGAGUGUUUCCGCUGCCACCCUCCAUCCAGCCUGUGACCUGAAGGGAAUUAAAACAGCACCAACAGGGCACCCCUGACACACA